ACAGCCCGGGGAACCUACGUCAGUGCUCAGACCCCCGCAAAGACCUAGAGAAAGUAGGGGGAUUUGGCCAAGGUUACUCAAGGCCAGAAGUCAGGGCUUCUGAUUCCCUGAGCUGGACAUUUCUCCCCCAAAUUCCUACUACUUGCCAAAACUUUGUUGAGAAACCGAACAUUGAGACUUGACAAAAUUUAGGCCAUGCACUUUAUCUGCCUGGUCAGGUUACAUUCCUCAGUAGCCCCAUCAUACCCGUGACAUUACUUACCCACUUUUCGGAGGAGAGCCCAGAGACGUCCAGGUCUUUGACCAACGUGGCACAGCCGCUGAAGUCCAGGAGCAUGGCAGAACUCCCAAGGCUCAGAAAAAGACAGCCUUCAAAGCAGCCAGCCCUGGAGACGUGAAGCCCCCAGGAGCCCCAGGUGGGAAAAAACCCAAAGCAGACCUCAGCCAGAAGACCCUGCAGAUGAAGACUCCCACAGAGGCUGCAGCCCCAAGCCUCCCAGCCUCCUCCAUUCUGACCCUGGUGUUAGGGAGGGGCCGCUUCCAGAAGGUGGGGGACUCUCUCAGCCUGCGGGCUGGGGAUCCCCUGGAGCUUCGCUGCCGGGGCAAGGGGGUCCACUGGAGGGUGCCUGUAUACCUGGAAGAGGAGGGCAAGGAACGCCUGAGAAUCAAGCACUUCAGCCGUCACAGCCAGCUGCAGCUGGUCAACUCCACGGGCGCGGACACGGGGGAAUACAGCUGCUGGGCUCAGCACUGCCAGGAUGGCGAGGGCGCAGAAGGCGAGGCCCGCCAGGGAAAGACCUUCAUCUUCUUCGCAGACCCAGAGGAGCUCUUUGUCCCCACCGAGGAUUAUUAUAAGGUGGUGCAGUUGCACAGCCAUCAACCAGUCCUGCUUCCCUGCCAGGUGACCAACCCUCUGGCCCAUGUGACACUGCAUCGGGAGUUCCCCCCGGAGGAAGUCCCAGUGGAUGGGAUAGACAUCUCCUUUGACGUGAAGAAGGGCUUCACCAUCCACCGGCCCCGAGCUUCCUUGGCUGGAGCCCUCUUCUGCUUGGCCAGCCUGGGUGGCUUGAGACAAAUCUCUACCAAGUACAUGCUGAUCUACAUCAAGUACCCGUCAUCCUCCCCCAAACCCACUAUCCAAGCUUCAGCAACAUCAGUCCAACUGGGAGAGAACUUCCGUGUGACCUGCACGGCUCUGGGUGAGCCAGACAUUGCUGUGGACUUUAUCUGGGAAUAUCCAGGGCAGAAGCUGGGCCGACCCCCCUACGUCAGCGAGUGGGCCAGUGUCGUUCGCCAAGAGGGCCAGGUACAGCAGGAGGCAGGGAGUACCCUGCAUGUGGAAGAGGCCCGGGCUGGGGACUCUGGCAUCUACACCUGCAGGGCUACCAACCUUCAGGGCACGGGGACUGCCACCACCCGCGUCCGUGUAACCAGAAGCUCUCAUGGGUCCCCUGCCCCUUCCUAGCUCUGUCCCUGGCUGCAGGCAUCCUGGUGUGGAGCAGCGGGCAGAAACAGGGGUAGGUAACUGUGUGAACCUUGGUGUUGUUAUGCCAAGCUGUUGUCCCCUGCAGAGCAGAAAGAGCCUUUGCACUGACCCCUGAGACUCUGCCCACCCAUGACCUCUUCUAAUGGCCAGCUAUCACUCCAACAUCGGGCCCCACUCCAAGGGUGGGCAAAGCUAGGGCCAGUGGGGUACCAGAAGUCCAGGAGGGAGUACAGAGUCACUGAUGAGUCACCCAAGCCCAGACCAUACUCCUCAAUGAUCCCUGCCACUGGCAAAGGUCCUCAAAGAGGAGCCACCUCCUCCCUGUUCCAGGAGAACACAGGGGCCAGAUAAACACAAUACCAUUGUUUCCACGGCUUGUCUGCCCCAGUGUGAGACCAUGACCGCAGUUUAUCUCCUUGCAUCCACCAUAGGUUACUUGAGGGAAACCCUGCUCCCCAUGACUUGCCCCUUCUCCAGCCCGGCCCCUCUCAAUUAAAACCAUGCUCUCUAAAGUGCAUUCUGCAGCCUGAAGUGCUUAGGCUGGGGUAGAAAAUUGGUCGCAGGAGUUUAGAAAAUGCUGGACACUGCUUCCUUCUUGGAAAUUUGUAGUGCACAUUACCAUAUUAAAGGUUCUGAGAAGUCCUGCACUUUGCAGAUCUGUUUAACUGGA